AUGGACUACAAGGCAAGAACUGUCAUUGCCAUGGUACUUCCUGAUGAGAAUGCUAAUUGUGCUAACUCCGUUAAUCCGAAAAUGAGAACCACUCUCCUCCACAGCCAAUCACCUGAUCCUGUUCCUUGGAAGGAAGCUCAUGCCACGUUCUAUGGUGGUAGCGAUGGAAUAGAUACGAUGGGGGGAGCUUGUGGUUAUGGGGAUGUGAUGAAAGAAGGAUAUGGUGAACACAACACAGCAUUGAGCACAGUUAUGUUCCACGACGGCCAAACAUGUGGUGCUUGUUAUGAAAUCAAGUGCUUCAACAACAGCCAGUGGUGCAAACCCGAGGGUGCAUCCAUCACCGUUACGGCCACCAACUUCUGCCCGCCAAAUCCCUCUCAACCAAACGACAAUGGCGGUUGGUGCAACCCACCGAGAGAGCAUUUCGACUUGUCUCAACCAUCGUUUCUUAUGCUUGCAGAAUACAAGGCUGGAAUUACUCCUGUUCAGUAUCGAAAGAUUCCAUGCGUUAGGCAAGGAGGAAUCAAGUUCACGAUAAGCGGAAAUCCUUAUUUCCUACUAGUGUUAGUAUGGAACGUUGGAGGGGCAGGCGACGUUACUGGUGUGGACGUCAAGGGAGAUGAAGGAGCUUGGAUUCCAAUGACUAGAAAUUGGGGUCAAAAUUGGCACACGGGUACUGUUUUGACAGGUCAAUCACUCAGCUUUCAGGUUCACGGAAGCGAUGGUCGCCUCGUAGAAUCCCCAAACGUCGCUCCUAAAGAUUGGCAAUUCGAGAAAACCUAUGAGGGCAACAAUUUUUAG